GGAGGUUUUUCCCAUCCACGACGUUACGUGACCUCCGCUCUAGCUUUCCUUCCCUAUGGUCACGACGUCUCUUCGCCGGCCAUGAAAUCCGCCUUUGUCACCGUGGGCACGACCAGCUUCGACGACCUCAUCGCCGCCGUGACGGCUCCGGAGGCUCUGCAGGUUUUACAGGAUCUUGGCUACAGCAGACUUGUUCUUCAAGUUGGCAGGGGCACAGUUUGCCCUGUUUCAACCAGCACACCUACAUUUACCCUGGAAGUGUUCAGGUUCAAAAACUCACUCUCUGAAGAUGUGCAAACAGCCGAUCUAGUCAUAAGUCAUGCAGGUGCAGGUAGCUGCUUGGAAGUAUUGGAAGCAGGGAAGCCACUACUUGUAGUUGUAAAUGACAAGCUUAUGGACAAUCACCAGUUAGAACUGGCAAGGCAGCUGUGCAGGGAUGGCCACCUCUUUUACUGCACUUGCAGGACCCUUGUGAAGACACUUCAAACAUCAGACUUUUCAACCCUGAAGCCUUUUCCUCCUGGACAGCCAGAAAAAUUUGCUGCAUUCUUGGACAAAGUAAUUGGCAUUUGAAUAAAUGAGCUGUACAUAUAAUUCCAACAUA